CACAGGAGAAAAAACGUUCUACUUCCGGAAGUAGUCGAUGACGCUGAUGAGCGCCGAAGCACAAGACCGGGGAUAACAGGGAGCUCAAGCCAAAUUAAUUUCGUUCGUGUACCAUUUUGAACUGCGUGAGUGUGAGUGCAGGACAUAACUGCCGGAUAGAAGAAACAAGAAGAGCUGAACUAACGUGAAGCUGAAGAGAUGGACCAAAAUAACAGUAUACCAACCUUCCGGGGACUGGCCUCCCCUCAGGGUGACAUGACCCCAACCAUGCCAAUGUUCAGUCCCAUGAUGCCAUACGGCUCUGGCCUGACACCCCAGCCUGUCCAGAACACCAACAGUUUGUCUAUAUUAGAGGAACAGCAGCGGCAACAACAACAGCAGCAGCAACAACAACAACAACAGGCACAGCAGGCAAACACAGGUCUUCCUGGAAUGUCAGGGCAGACCCCUCAGCUUUUCCAUUCCCAGACAGUAGCAGGCUCGACGACCACAGCACUGCCGGGCAACACUCCACUGACCCCCAUGACCCCUGUCACACCGGCCACACCAGCUUCAGAGAGCUCUGGAAUAGUACCACAGCUACAAAACAUUGUGUCUACUGUGAAUUUGGGCUGUAAACUGGACUUGAAGACUAUCGCUUUGAGAGCCAGGAAUGCAGAGUACAAUCCAAAGCGUUUUGCUGCGGUCAUCAUGAGAAUACGAGAACCCAGGACCACUGCUCUGAUCUUCAGUUCUGGGAAGAUGGUCUGCACUGGAGCCAAGAGUGAAGAGCAGUCGAGGUUAGCUGCGAGAAAAUAUGCACGUGUGGUGCAGAAGCUUGGUUUUCCUGCAAAGUUCCUGGACUUCAAGAUUCAGAACAUGGUGGGAAGCUGCGAUGUGAAGUUCCCCAUUCGGCUGGAGGGUUUAGUCCUCACACAUCAACAGUUUAGCAGCUAUGAACCAGAGUUGUUUCCAGGACUGAUUUACCGAAUGAUCAAACCCAGAAUCGUCCUGCUCAUCUUUGUUUCUGGGAAAGUUGUGCUCACAGGUGCCAAGGUGAGAGCAGAGAUUUAUGAGGCGUUUGAAAACAUCUACCCCAUCCUGAAGGGCUUCCGCAAGACAACGUAGAACUGCACUCCCUGCUUUCACCGUCUCUCCAACACCAUCUCUUUUUAUUCAGAUUAUUUUUUUAAUUCACGUGAAGCAUCCUCUAUUUGUUGACCUCUACAAGUGGACUGCUGUAAGGGCUGUUGUACAGACAUGUGAGUCGUCCUUUUUUUCCCCUCCAGUUUUUCAGAUUUUUUAGAAAAUAGAAUUUUUCCUCUUUUUUUGUGUGUGUGUUUUGAUCACAACUGAUGGUAUAUUUUACACACUGAUAUCACCAUUCAUUUGGAACUUUUUUUGUGUUUUUGAUGAAUGUUCUGCUUCUUCAGUUGUGGUGAUCACAUCGCUGAUUGUACAUAAGACUGUAAAGAAAUGUAAAGAAUCGCUGACUAGAAGAGAAGCAGUCUGACUGGGACUGUUUUUUGUCUUUAUUUUAAACAGUUUUAAAUAGUUUUGUACAUUUGCAUUUUUAUUAAUCAUACGCUCAGUCCCCAAUUUUUACCAAGACGUGUUCGAUUAUGUCAGCCACACAUUCCUGUUAACAGUAGUUGCUAAGAUUUUAGUUUGAGUGACCAUUCAUGCUUCACCAAAUCAGUCUGCUUUCUCAGUUUCAUCUUCAACGUUCAAAUUAAUUGCAUCAAAGUUGAUUUUGAUAUGAGAUGUUUUAUAGUUCAGUCUGUUAAGCAGUAACUGAUGUUGGAUGCGCUUAAAUUUUGAAUUGAUAGUUAAACUAAAUUGAUCCAACUCUUUCUGCUAAAGCUCUCAUCAGGUUGUUGAUUAGCUCUUCAAGGGAUGUGUCACUUUAUGUUCCUGAUGCAUUUGUACUUAAGAAUCAACCAGAAGUAAAACGUGAUGAAAAGACUUUGUUGGUCUUAAAGCAGACAGCAUUAUUUUUAAACUCAGAUUCUGCAUAAUAAAUUCACUAGCACUGAAAGAUGACUUGAUGGUAGUAAACUGUGCAUCAUGUUGCCAUGUUUAUGUAUUUUUUUAAAGUUUUCCUAUCUAUUGUGUUUUUGUUUUUUUGCCAUUUAAAACUGUAUUUAAAAGUUAUCUUCCUAAGUAUUAUGUUUGAGCGUGGGGAUGUGAAUCUGGCUUGGUUGUCAGUGCUGUUAGCUCAGCCACGCUGAAAACGAGUUUACAUUUUGAACACGUCUUGGUGUACUUAUGGGUCACUGGCAACAAUGACCUUUGGUUUCACCACCUGACGUUUGUAAUUAAUACUUCUCUUUGUGAUUAUGAGCUCAGCACUGACCGCUGGCCCUGUAACAUCUAAAUGCAAUUCUCUUGAGAUUGUUAAUGUGCUGCACUGUGCAUUAAUAAAUGUGUACAUACU